CCCCCGGGCCAGGUGAGGCUGCGCUGCCGUCCCUUUCGGAUGUAGGCAGGCGAGACCCCGGAUGGAUUUCGGGAGCGUCAUGAACCAGGCUGUGACCCCUUGCUCCCCCGCUGUCAACUAUGAGCUGCCAUCCCCAGGGGAGAGCAUCACGAAGCAGGUAGAUGCCCUGGAUGCCACAAAAUCCCCCAGGAGCGGGCAGUCACGCCGCAAAACGUCCAGGAGCAUGAGCCUGACCGCAGCCAUGGAGAGCAGCUGCGAGCUGGACCUGGUGUACAUCACGGAGCGGAUCAUUGCCGUCUCCUACCCCAGCGCAGCUGAGGAGCAGAGCUUCUGCAGCAACCUCCGCGAGGUGGCCCACAUGCUGAAGUCCAAGCAUGGGGACAACUACGUGCUUUUCAACCUCUCUGAGCGGAGACAUGAUGUCAGCAAACUUCACCCCAAGGUGCUGGAUUUUGGGUGGCCUGACCUGCACACUCCGGCACUGGAGAAGAUCUGCAGCAUUUGUAAAGCCAUGGACACGUGGCUCAAUGCGGCAGGGCACAAUGUGGUGGUGCUGCACAACAAGGGGAACCGCGGCCGGCUGGGGGUGGUGGUGGCUGCCUACAUGCACUACAGCAACAUCUCGGCCAGUGCCGACCAGGCUCUGGACAGGUUUGCCAUGAAGCGCUUCUAUGAGGACAAGGUGGUUCCAGUGGGACAGCCAUCCCAAAAGAGGUACAUCCAUUACUUCAGCGGGCUCCUCUCUGGCAGCAUCAAGAUGAACAACAAGCCCCUCUUCCUCCACCACGUCAUCAUGCACGGCAUCCCCAACUUCGAGUCCAAAGGUGGUUGUCGGCCCUUCCUGAAAAUCUACCAGGCCAUGCAGCCCGUCUACACCUCGGGGAUCUACAAUGUGCAAGGAGACAGCCAGACAGGCAUCUGCAUCACCAUCGAGCCUGGCUUGCUCCUCAAAGGCGAUAUCUUGCUGAAGUGUUACCACAAGAAGUUUCGCAGCCCGACCCGUGACGUGAUUUUCCGUGUGCAGUUCCACACGUGCGCCGUGCAUGACCUCGACAUAGUCUUUGGCAAGGAGGACCUGGAUGAGGCCUUCAGAGAUGACCGUUUCCCCGAGUAUGGGAAGGUGGAGUUCGUGUUCUCCUAUGGCCCUGAGAAGAUCCAAGGUAUGGAGCACCUGGAGAACGGGCCCAGCGUCUCCGUGGACUACAACACAUCCGACCCGCUCAUCCGGUGGGACUCCUACGAGAACUUCAACAUCCAGCGCGAGGACAGCGCAGAGGGCACCUGGGCUGAGCCGCCCCUGCCUGGCAAGCACCUGGAGAAAGAGGUUGGGCACACGCAAGGGCCCCUGGACGGGAGCCUCUACGCUAAAGUGAAGAAGAAAGACUCCCUCCACGGCAGCACCGGUGCUGUCAACGCCGCCCGCCUCCCGCUCUCGGCAGCGCCCAACCACGUUGAGCACACGCUCUCUGUGAGCAGUGACUCGGGCAACUCCACUGCCUCCACCAAGACCGACCGGACCGAUGAGCCGGGGGUGCCUGGGGCACCCGGUGGCCAGGCGGUGCUGAGCCCCGAGGAGAAGCGGGAGCUGGAUCGUCUCCUCGUUGGCUUUGGCUUGGAGAGCGUGCCGCCCAUGCACAACCGCACAGCCGGCCCUGUGCCGGCGCGCCUGCCCACUGUGCCAGGUCGCCACGUGGUGCCAGCUCAGGUGCACGUCAACGGGAAUGCUGCGGUGCUGGUGGCCGAGCGGGAGACGGAUAUCUUGGACGACGAGCUGCCCAACCAGGACGGGCACAGCGUGGGCAGCCUGGGCACGCUCUCCUCCUUGGACGGCACCACCACUGCGAGCGAGGUCGGCUACCAGGAGGCCCCCCGGGUGGGCAGCCUCUCCUCCCUGCCAAAUGGCCCCUCAAGCUGCAACGGGGCCGAGAAGCUGCUGAAGGAGGGGCUGUACGAUGGCGAGCCGCUCUCCAACGGUGGCUACCCCUACAACAACCAGAAUGCCCUGAUGGGCCACCACCUCCGUGACCCGCUGCCUCACUUGCGGCCCUCGGCAUCUGCUCAGGACCACCUGGCUGGCUACCCGCAGCGCCCACCGGGCUCCCAUGCCCCGGGCUGGCUCCAGCCCCAGCCACUGCCUGGCUCCCAGCCCUACCUGUAUGGCUACGACCACCCCAGCACCUAUCGCUCCCGGUCCUUCCCGGCGGUGGACACGGCCAAGUACGAGGCGACCCCGGCGCUGCCCCAGGCCCCAGCUCGCAGCACCAGCAGCCGGGAGGCCGUGCAGAGGGGCUUGAAUUCCUGGCAGCAGCAAGGAGGGAGCCGGCCGCCUUCCCGGCUGCAGGAGGGUGGCGUGGAGAGCCACAGCCCCAGUGUCUCCAGCUGCAGCCCCCAGCCCAGCCCGCUGCAGCCAGUGCCCCCCCACAGCCACAGCAUGCCCGAGUUCCCCCGGGCACCCUCCCGCCGGGAGAUCGAGCAGUCCAUCGAAGCACUUGAUGUCCUCAUGCUGGACCUUGCGCCCGCUGUCCACAAGUCACAGAGCGUGCCUGCUGCCUCCCGCCAGGACAAGCCGGUGGGACCCCUGCUCUCCUCCCUCUCGGCCCAGCCCAUCGCUGGUCUCUACACCCGGCCAGCCCCACAAGUGGCCCAGCCGAGGUCCUUCAGCACUUCUGUGAGCCCCGUGGUCUCCGAGCCUGGGGGCAAAGCCUAUUCUCCUGGCGAGCCGGACUAUGGGGUGCAUGAGUACCGGGAAACGUAUUCACCCUACAGCUACCAGCCGGCCCCGGUGCCGGAGCCGAGGAGCUACAGCCAUGUCCCGGCUGGAGCACCAAUGGCCUUCCUCCCGCUCAACACCUCCUACAGCCCUGUGGGGUCUCAGCAGGUCCUCAUCUCUUCCCCGCCUUCUCCCACCAUCCCGCCACAAAGCCAGAUGCCCCCCAAGGGACCGGAGAGCUAUGAAGACUUGUCGAGGUCGGCAGAAGAGCCCUUGAAUCUGGAGGGUCUGGUGGCCCACAGGGUGGCAGGGGUGCAGUCCCGGGAGAAGCCCUCGGAGGAGAGCGCCGUCCCUGCCCGGAAGCGGACCCCCAGCGACAGCCACUAUGAGAAGAGCUCGCCGGAGCCCAGCUCGCCCCGCAGCCCCACUGUCCUCUCACCUGAGGUGGUCAGCACCAUUGCGGCCAACCCUGGAGGGAGGCCCAAAGAGCCUCACCUCCACAGCUACAAGGAAGCCUUCGAAGAGAUGGAGGGUGCCUCCCCCACCAGCCCACCCUCCAGCGGCGUGCGUUCUCCCCCCGGCCUGGCCAAGACCCCGCUCUCAGCACUGGGGCUGAAACCCCACAACCCGGCGGAGAUCCUGCUGCAUCCAGUGGGAGAGCUAGAAGGGGAGGCAGGUGGUGUCUCUGAAGAAGAGCCCAGGAGCUACGUCGAAUCAGUGGCCCGCACAGCCACGACGGGCAGGGGAGGGAGCCUGCCUGCCACCCAGCCCGGGGGCCCGGAGGUGCCCACCAGGAACGGCACCUUCGCCAACUCCUUCACUGCCCCCAGCCCCGUAUCCACCAGCAGCCCCAUUCACAGCGUGGACGGGGCCUCCCUCCGCAGCUACCCGUCAGAGGGCAGCCCCCAUGGCACGGUUACACCUCCCCAUGCUUCGGCUGAGCCUGUUUACCGGUCGCCUGUUGGCUCGCAGAUGCCCUCUUCUCACAGCAGCUACCAAAACUCGUCUCCAUCUUCCUUUGCAAUGGUCCAAGGUGGGGUCCCGGGCUCGGCGUACGCCAGCCCUGACUACCCCGAUGGCCGAGCCGGCCUCCAACCAGACCCCCAAGCUCGGCCGCAGCCGCAGGUCAACGUGGUGGGUGUCCACGUCCUGCCAGGGAGCCCCCGCACUCUGCACCGGACAGUGGCUACCAACACGCCGCCCAGCCCCGGUUUUGGGCGAAGAGCUGUCAACCCCAGCAUGAGUGGAGCUCCCAGCAGCCCUGGGCUGGGCAGGCAUGCCAUGGCAGCCCACAGCAACCUGGUGGCCCCGCCGGGGAGCCCCAGCCUGGCCAGGCAUCAAGCCACGGUGCCCAUCCCCCCCGGCAGCCCCCUGUAUGGCUACCCCAGCCCGGAGGAGAGGCGCCCGACGCUGUCUCGGCAGAGCAGCUCCUCCGGCUACCAGCCUCCCUCCACGCCGUCCUUCCCCGUCUCGCCGGCAUACUACCCCGGCACGAGCACGCCACACUCCUCCUCCCCGGACUCGGCUGCCUACCGCCAGGGCAGCCCCACGCCGCAGCCUGCACUGCCUGAGAAGCGGCGGAUGUCUGCCGGGGAGCGCUCCAACAGCCUGCCCAACUACGCCACCAUCAACGGCAAGGCGUCCUCGCCCCUCUCCAGUGGCAUGUCCAGUCCCAGCAGUGGGAGUGCCGUCGCCUUCUCCCAUACCCUGCCGGACUUCUCCAAGUUCUCCAUGCCAGACAUCAGCCCUGAGACUCGUGCUAACGUCAAGUUUGUGCAGGACACUUCCAAGUACUGGUACAAACCAGAGAUCUCCAGGGAGCAGGCCAUUGCACUGCUGAAGGACAGGGAGCCAGGGGCUUUCAUCAUCCGAGACAGCCACUCCUUCCGGGGAGCCUACGGCCUCGCCAUGAAAGUAGCUUCUCCACCUCCCACGGUCAUGCAGCAGAACAAGAAAGGAGACAUCACCAAUGAGCUGGUGAGGCACUUCCUCAUCGAGACCAGCCCGCGGGGUGUGAAACUAAAAGGAUGCCCCAACGAGCCCAAUUUUGGCUGCCUCUCAGCGCUGGUGUACCAGCACUCCAUCAUGCCCUUGGCCCUGCCCUGCAAGCUGGUUAUUCCUGACCGAGAUCCCAUGGAGGAAAAGAAAGACACCGUGUCGGCCACCAACUCGGCCACGGACCUCCUCAAACAGGGUGCGGCCUGCAACGUCCUCUUCAUCAAUUCGGUGGAGAUGGAGUCGCUGACAGGCCCCCAGGCCAUUGCGAAGGCUGUUGCCGAGACACUGGUGGCCGACCCCACGCCCACUGCUACCAUCGUCCACUUCAAAGUCUCUGCACAAGGCAUCACCUUAACCGACAACCAGAGGAAAUUGUUCUUCCGACGACACUACCCCCUCAACACUGUCACCUUCUGUGACCUGGACCCCCAGGAACGAAAGUGGACUAAAACUGAUGGCAGUGGCCCAGCCAAGCUCUUUGGCUUCGUGGCCAGGAAGCAAGGGAGCACCACAGACAACAUCUGCCACCUCUUCGCCGAGCUGGACCCGGACCAGCCAGCUGCAGCCAUUGUCAACUUUGUCUCCAGGGUCAUGCUCGGCUCCGGCCAGAAAAGAUGAGCCGGCGCUUGCGGGUGAUUCUUGAAUUUUGGAGAAGGACUUGGAGCUGAUCCGAGAAGGAGUGUGAGGAAGUGCAUUGUGGGAGAGGGAAGUGAAUCGGGGGGGAAAAGGGUUGGAAUUUUUGAGGAAAACAGCAAACAACAAAAACCCCAACGAAACCCCUAAAAACUCAACACAAGCCAAACACACACAUAGAGGAACCAAAACCACACACCUACAUAAGAGAGCCACAAAGUCACGCCAGACAGGAUGCAUGUCCCAGCACAGGGAAGGUGACCAAUGCGAAGGUGGCAGCGAGAGGCGUGUUCCCAGCUUUUGGCAUCGUGGUCCCAAGCGGUGACAUCCACUUGGGAUUGAAUGUGGGACCAUGACUGGUGUUUUCCAUCUGGAAAAAAAAGAGACAACCGGCAAAACCCAUGAAAGAAGCUCUAUCCCAGCAGCUCCGUCGGUGAAUGAAUGCUGCAUGUUUGAAAUAACCUGUAGGAGAUCAACAACGUGGGCUGGGUCUUCGGGACACCGGAGGAGAUGCCCUUGGAAACCUUCCCUUGUCCGGCUGCAGCAGAGGGUCCUUGCUGGCCCCCGUGCUUCUCCCAAAACCUGCUGGCCGCCUGGCGACUUGCUGAGGCUGCGGGGGGGCUUGGUCCCAAGCCCUCCUGUCCCCGGGGAGCUUGGCUGUGGGCUGACCUCUGUUGCUGACCCAGAGCCCAGCGCCAGUCACAGGUGAGCUGCUGUGAGUCCACCUGGAGAGGGGGGACAUGGCACUUCCCCAUCUCCCCGGGGGUGCUUGUGCCCCCCAGCCCAUGGGGAGGAGUGGCGGGGCUCCUACCACCCCGCACCUGGGGAAGGCAGAUGCUGCCGGGGAACCUCCGGGAGGAUGCAGAAAGUUGCAUCCUCUCCCAUCUUCCCCUUUUCCCUCCGAUCACUAGUCCUCUUUGGCAAUUUUCUCCUGCGGCCUGUCACACGUUCUCUUAACAUAAAAAAACAAAACAGAAAGUAAAGAAAAACAUUGUAAUAAUAAUAAUAAUUAUAAUAAUAGCGGAUGCUGGCACAGGUGGGUUCCCUGUGCGAAGCAGCGGACCCGUGGCUACCCCUAUCUCGCUCUUCGGAGAUGCGCAAGCGGUUUUUAAAUUGCAUGGACGUUCAAGUUGCACGAAAGGCGAAUGACUACAAGUAACUCAGGCGCUUUUUUCUCCUUUUAUUUUGGAGGCCACGUUAAAAAAAAAGAAAAAGAAGGAAGAAAAUUAAAAAAACAAAAAUAAAAAAGGAAAGGACCUGCAGUCGCUGGGCAACUUUGGCUCGGUGGGGAGGUAACAGGUCCUCUGAGAGCCACCCUGCUCGGCACGUGCAUACCCCCAAAACUGGCUGGCUGGAGGGUCGCUCCUCCCUGAAUGCACCGUAGUUUUGCAGUGGCUUUGGUGCCAUUGGCUUUUCCCUUUGCUUUGGGAGGUGAGGAGGGCCAGCUGGGAGGCAAGAGGGGCAAAGGGCCCCCCUGCCGCUGCAGCGGAGGGGGAUCGUGGUUGGGGGGCAGCGGGUGGAGGUCCCAGCCCCGAGGUGCUGGGGGCGGGGCAGAGGAUGCUUCGGUCACACGUGCAGGUUUGGGGUAAGGGGAAUGGUCAUUGCUGAGCCCUCUGCUGCAAAUAUCCCCCUGAGAGCCUUUUGGGAGAAGUUUUCAGUGCAAAGUGGCCCAGGUAGAUUAUUGGGGACAAAAAUUAGAAACAUAGCACUGUAGCCCCUCCGGAAAGCUUGCCUCCCUUGGACCGCCUUUGCCUUGAUAGCUAUAAUAUAUAUACGAGCUAUACUGACAAAAUACUGUAAGCUAACGAAAUUUUAAGGAGGAAAAAAAGGUUAAAUUUACACUCCGAAAAUAUUUAUUUUUGCCAUAUUGCUUUCCGCGCAUCGUAUCUCCCCCAUUAUAUCUGCCCCCACCCCGGGGAAACACCUGCACGUUAAAAGAAAAUCCAAAGCAAGGAAAAAUACGGAUGGGGGAAGAGGCACAGGGGUCCCCCCGUGUAGGGGCGGCGUGCGUGUGACCAGUGUGCAUGUGUGUGUGCGUGUGUGUGCGUGCGUAGGGGAGCGAGCGGCGUGGGUGCCCGGAGGGGGCUGGCAUGGCCGGAGGUUGUACUGACGUACUGAAGCGAGCGUGAAAGGAUGCGUAGUGAGGAGUUGGUUGCGAGAUGGUGGUGGGACGGGGUUUCUGGGGGGACUUUCCCCCUCCCCAGCUCCCUGGCUGCACGGAUGCGGAGACCUUUUAAUUUUUGACGUUUCCAAAAAGCGAUUCCCUCCUUCUGCGAAAUUCAAGCGAGAUGAGAGACAAUCUCACCCGUAAUCUCCUCACCCUGCCGUUCACCGAUUAGAGAAAACACUGUGUUUAUAGAUAUAUAAAGAUAUAUUUUUGAAAGCCUCUAUUUUUCAGACUUGGUUUUCUCACUGCUAAGAAAAGAGAUGAUAAUAAUGUAAUUUUAUUUUAAUCUGCUGCCUUGGAAACCGGUGCUUGAAAUUCCCAUUCCUCUUUUUCCCCCCGUACAAACGAAGCAGAUCUAAGCACCCCAGAGAUGUCGCGUAGAAGCCGACCCCAGCAGAUACCUGCCGAUAGCAUUACGCCUGCUUCGGGCCCUGAGCCGCUCACAGCUUCCCCACUAACCCACCAGCUGGAGAUUUAGACCGUAUCCAAAUCUCAAACACUAACAAAAUCAUCUGAUGAUUAUAUUAUUUUUUUAACACACAGCUAAUCACCUUCCGAUGAUGUAGCCGGGUGUUUGUCAGCUCCCUUUAAAGGCACUUUUUAUUCCUUUUAUCUCCUUUGUUAAGUUACAUUUUCAGGUGUAACUACCCUUUCUGUCCCCAGGAGAGACCGUCAGCCGGCAUUGAGGAUCACCCAGGUCCUGGGGCUGCGGGGACCUAGUGUUGAUAUUUUUUUCCUUACGAAAGGGACAGAAAAGACUCUUUGGGUUUUUUUCUUUGGUUUUUAAAUGCAGUCAUGGUAUCUGAGAUUCGAGCUUGCACGAGUUAAGCCCAGCAUAUGUUUCGUUGUAAUCACACUGCCGUUGUCAGCAGCCGGAUGGUAUCUCUCUCUCGCUCACACACACACACACAAACACAUCCCUCCUUCCUGCACAAAGAACUGCAUAUAUUCUUGCCAAAGAUAUCCUUAAAAACGCACUUUUCCCCACAUAUAUAUAUAUAUUUUUUUUUUGCCUGUGUAAAUUUAUUGUACGUGCUCUUUUUGUGUCGGUUUGUUCUUCGGAGAAGCCCCUUCCCACCCGUCCUCCCUUUGCUGUCGAUGUUGCUGUUUGUUGGGAAAUGCUCCCCCGGGGGGUUGUUUGCUGCCUGUCCCAAAUGGUAGUGCCUGAAAUGUGCAAAAUUUGGGGUUCCCAUUCAACGGGGCUGCUUCCGGCUCUGCACCCCCGGGAGCUGUUUUGAGGGAUGAUCCAUGUCAUCAUCUGCUGUGAUGGGAUGCACCCAUCUCACAGUCUUUGCCAGCCCCUCAUCGCCAGUGGAGAUGGGGGGCUCAUGGGUUUAAGCAGAUAAAUUGAGCAAAGUUUGGGGUUGCUCUGGAUGCAUCAUUUGCUGGCUGCCCCCUGGUCAAACCACACACGGAAAACAAACCAGGUAGGGAGAAAAACCCAACCCAGCCUCCGGGCAUCGAUUUUCCAGCGAGUUCAACCACCUGAACUAAAGCGCAAAGUAAAUCCCCACCCAGCAGGUCGGACAGGUAAAGAAACCAGUUGCCCCAAAAAACCCAGACAGCAGCAUCAACAAAAGGCAACCUUCCCGUUGGAGCAGGCAGGAGGAUCAGACAGCAAAGGAGCCCGCAGGGGCUUGUUUCAUUUCGUUCGUUUGUUUUGCAAAUUGUGAGGUUGGUUUGGGGUUACUCUUUUUUUUUUACUUUUCCUUAAAAAGGAAAAAAAAAAAAGGAAGCAACCCAAUGUUUCUGUUGGCGGAUCCUGUGCCGCUGUGUUAUGCGUAGGUUUUUUUGUUGUUGUUGUUGUCUUUGUUACUUUGGGAACUUUACAGAUUUAUUUGCUAAUCAGUGUUAAUGAACAGUUUCAAACUUUUAGACUCGCCCAUUUCUGUGUAUUUAUAUAGAUGGAAAAAAAAAAGUUAUAUUUUGUAUCUUUGUGCCCAUAAUGUUGUCGCGCGUGUAAGGAUGAUUUUGGUCGCACCAUGUCUGUGUGUGAAUGUGACUCUGCUGUUGUCUUCCCAUUGUACAGAUGUUGGAUUCUUUGCAGUUCAUUGUAUGGCUUUAUAAAGUGGUAAAAACAAAAAAAAUCAGUUAUAUAAAAUAUACUGUUGCUUGGAAUGCCA